CACAGGAACGGAAGUGACGUCUCACCUCGCCUGCCCGGUUCCUGGCUGGUGUUUUAGCCGUUGGCGGCGGCUACUCGUGGCAACGGUGAUGGAGACUGCGGCGAGUCCCGGCGAGCGCUGGGCGCCGGUGGGCGCGGUAGCCGAGGUCCAAGCUGGAGAAGAAGAAGUAGGGGAGGAGAUCGAAGCCGAGCCGGGAUCCCCGCGGGCGCUGAUGGCGGAGCGCCGCCGCCUCCACUCGGCGCUCCUGGCUUUGGCUUCGCACUUCGCCCAGGUCCAGUUCCGGCUCCGGCAAGUGGCGCACGCCGGUCCAGGACAGCAGCAGCGCCUCCUCCGCGAGCUCGAGGAGUUCGCUUUCCGCGGCUGCCCCGGUUCCGGCCUCGGCUUCGCCGCGGCGGCAGUGGAUGGAGUGGGCGGUGACGCCAAGAAUGAAUUUGAGAAGCAAGAACAGCUUGAAGCACGGAAGGAGAAGCAACGGGAACUCAUUCUGCAGCUCAAGGCACAGUUGGAUGACUUGGAAACAUUUGCCUACCAGGAGGGCAGCUAUGAUGCACUGCCUCAGUCUGUGGUCAUGGAGAGACAGCGGGUGAUUAUUGAGGAGCUAAUCAAGAAAUUGGACAUGAACUUGAGUGAGGACAUUGCCUUACUAUCCCCAGAGGAGUUGCGUCAGCAGGUGGAUGCUGCUGUGGCACAAAUUGUCAACCCAGCACGUGUAAAGGAACAGCUGGUGGAUCAGCUGAAAACCCAGAUCCGGGACCUUGAAAUGUUUAUCAAUUUCAUCCAGGAAGAAGGCAGUCCUGGCAAACCAGAGGAUGGACAUUGUGACUGUUCAGGUGGAAAAACUGGAAGUGGCACCUGCAAGCCAAACGCACAGCAACCCCACAGAAGCAACCGAGUGAACCCAGAAGAUGCCCAGAAGAUGCGAGAAACGGGGCUACAUCUCAUGCGUCGGAUGCUUGCUGUGCUACAGAUUUUUGCCUUGAGCCAAUUUGGUUGUGCAACAGGCCAAAUCCCUCAUCAUUUAUGGCAGAGGGACAAGUCUGACAGAGAUUAUUCCCCUUUAGUGAACAAGCUAGAGAUGGCUGUGGCCCAUGUCAGGCAACUUGCUCAAAAGUACCAGUUGCGAGAGCUGGAGCAUGUCAUCAGCUACUCAGGUGUCCAGGAUACUUCUUUGGGAGGACGUGAUGAACUAACGCUGGCUGUACGUAAAGAACUGACAACUGCUGUGCGGGAUCUGCUGGCUCAUGGUCUCUACGCCCCAUCUCCUGGGAUGAGCUUGGUUCUAGCUCCAAUUGCCUGCUUGCUGCCUAUGCUGGGCUCCUCCCCUCAGCCCAUGCACCCAUGGGAACUCUUUGUGAAGUAUUACAGUUCAAAGAAUGGCCGUGCCUUUGUGGAAUCGCCAGCGCGCAAACUCUCCCAGUCUUUUGCCCUCCCAGUGAUGGGUGGGGUACCUGCCACCCCAAAGCAGAGCCUGCUGUCAGCCAUUCACACAGUAUUGUCAGAACAUGAUCCAUUCAAGCGUAGUGCAGACUCAGAACUGAAGGCACUGAUAUGCCUGGCGCUCAACGAGCAGCGUCUAGUCUCGUGGCUCAACCUCAUCUGUAAGUCAGGAACAUUGAUCCAAGUCCACUACCAGCCCUGGAGUUACAUGGCCCAGACAGGCUUUGAGGGAGCCCUUAAUCUCCUUAGCCGCCUUAGUAAUCUACAGUUCAGCCUUCCUGUGGACCUGGCUGUACGGCAGCUGAAAAACAUCAAGGAUGCCUUUUGAGUGGCUUGGCAGGUGGACGCUGCUUCAGUCCUGGGGUUGGCUGGGUGUGUGUGUGGGGCGGGGGGGCAUUUGUUGCUCUGUCCAGGAGGCCAAUCCUGGGGAGGAAAAUGCUGCUAGUUGGCUGUAGUCUCCUGUUGCUGAACUGCUGCUAUUAGCUAUUCCAGUUGCAUGCAUCAGGCUGGCUAGAGCUCCUGAUUGGCAGGAGUUCUGAGGUACCUGUUGCAUGGACAAAUUUGACAGCAGAGCUAGAGAGCAUUUCACUUGCCAAUAGACAUUUUAAGGGGAUGUUAGGAAGUUGUUUUUGUCCUGCCAUGGAACCAAGGUUAUAUUUAAACAUAGCUAAUAUUUUAGUUGCAUCACAGUUUAUGUGUUCUCUCCCUGAGGCAUAGGGGAGUGAUGCCUAGGUUUGUAAUUUCACUUUUAAAUAUACUGCCUGGCUUCUCACAUUUGAAGAAGUGGCUUUCUAUGUGCCAGUAGCCUUAAAACUAUUUGAUACUGAUGCUGCAGAACCAGUUACUUGCAGGGAGAUGUGUUUGUUUUUUCCAGUCAAGCUAUUUUGUGCUGAAAUAGAAUCCAGUGUAUCCUUGCGUGUCAAUGUAUGCCCAAUAUUUUCAGCUGGCUUGCUGAUAAGGGAAUACAUUGGUUAAGUAAAUACCACAGUUUACUCAGAUUCCAACCAGACUUGAUGAAAACAGAAAAUUCAAUACACUCAGGUGUUGAGAGAGAUUUUGGGGAUUAGGUGGGAAGGAAGAAUGAGAGAAGAUAAUGCACUUGUUUGUAGAAGCAGUUUAAUUUGGGAUCCUGGUUACUUUGAUUUGUCAGAGUGGGUUGGAGGUCUUGGCUUGAUGUCAAGAAUGAAAAAGCUGUUAAGCUUGAAAGUUUAAACAGCACUUAAAGCUUCCUCCUUGAAAGAACAAGCACCUGGAUGCUGGAUGCUGGAUGCCUCCUUGCUGGCACACAAAGUAGUCUUCUCUGACUUGGUCUGCACAACCAGCCCUAAGCUGCUGUUUUGGAAAUUCACACUGCCGAACAUUGAAGCUGAACCUAUUGAUUCUUCCAUUAGAUCUCUUAAAACAACAAGGCUUGGCUAGAAUGUUCUUUUGAGCUAUUUCUCUCCAGUGGAGUAGAAUAGUGAUAAAAGAUGUAUCUAAAAGGGAUCCAUUCCAGAUUGUAGCACUCUUCCAUUAGGUCAACAGUAAUCUUUUAGUCUCCAUGUAGACAGCACUUGUAACUCUAUACAGUCUCUCUUAAGACUUCCUAUAUUUGUGAGACUGAAAGCAAACUGCAGUUCUCAAAGCUUUCUGACUAUGCCAUUGCUCAAGAGGGCAAGCAGGGGGGCUCAUUGGCCUUUUGGCCACAUAAACUGUGCAGUUUUAUUUUUGUUUUCUUUUCUGAAAAACUAGUUGUGAUACAUCUCUAUAUAUGAAUGGUCUGACUGAAAUUCCUGUCCAGUGUAGGUGCUCUCUUCUACCCUUAGGUGGUUUAUCUGUUGGUGCACUUUAGAAAACCGUCCUAAGCCCUUCAGUUAAAAGUAUCUGUUUGUGUGUUUUGACACCAGUUCAUUGCAAUGGAAGAAUGCAUUGAUGGGGAAAAUAUGUCUUUUGCUGAUAAUAAACUCAGCCUGGUGUCUUA